AUGCCACCAGAAUGCGUCGUGGCAGCUCUGCAUGACCACUCUACAGCACUCAACCUACAAGCCCUAACAUGCGGACACACCAAGGCGCCUUCCACACCUCCCGCGACGCUCAAAGAUACUUAUUGGUAUCCUCCAGACCAGUACCCACUUUCGACGUACAACGUCACAGAGUGCAUAACGUGGUGCCCUGGUAUCGGCUCUUACGGCAAAAAGUACAUUACCUUUCCCUCUAGCUUCCAGGACACGCGCCAUGGGAUCAAGACGCGAGCGGAUGCGGCGGCGGGUGUGACGGUGCGGGCGGAGUUUAGGGUCAUUCGGGGAGGGGAUGUGGGCAGUGAGAUUGAGGGAGAGGGGGGUGAUGUGGGCGAUGCGGAAUGGGUUCUUGUCGAGGACGUGGAAGUGACGUGUUCAUGGUGGCUGAUGCCGUUUGUCAAGGGGAAGAUGGAGGAGGCGCAUAGGGAGGUCUGCAACAAGGUUGUAAAGAUGGUCGAGGAGAAGAUUGCGCUUGGAUGGAAGGGUGUGGAUCCGGUGAUUUUUGAGGAGCAGGAUGGCAGGGAGAGACACGAUAGUCAGGAUGGGGAGAGGGGGAAGAGCAGUACAGGGAUGCCGCGACCGGUCGCGUAUGGCCAGCUUCAUGAGGUGGAUGCUGUGGAAUCGCAAAAGGCCAGCAAGAUAUUGUACCAAUGA